AUGGUCCAAGCUCAACUUGCGUACCGCCGUACCUUCCUUGACGUGAUGGAUGGCAAGGAUGGUGCAGAUCCUCGUGCUCGGGCUCGUAGCCUCUCCCCCACGCGGAUGUCGGCCAGCCCGGAGCCUCUCGCUCAGGACGUAUGGGCACAUCGUCAUCUUCGCACUUUGCGGCAAGGGCAGAGCGCGACGGUCCUGGAUGCACCGGUCCCAAGUCGGGGCAGUGUCGGACAUCCGGCCUUGUGCAGCAAACCAUGCGUUUCCGUUGCACGCCGCGGGCACUGCCAGAGAGGUUCGGCCUGCGGCUUUUGCCACUACCAGCACGAGGACCCUAAGCCGGACAAGAAGCAGCGGCUUCUGAUGAGCACGAUGCCCAGGCCAGAGCUACUGGGUCUUCUAGCCGAUCUACUUCGGGAGCGUGCCGAGCAAGAAGAACUCGAUGGUGGGAGCUUUGUGGUCGCAGUGCUUUCCGUCCAUUCAGGACUUCCCCCAGGUCGUUUGCAGACGAAGUCUCGCAAGCUUCACAACCUGCGACAGGUACUUCAACGCAUGAACUUCUCCGGCAUCCUCUCGAUGGCUGCGAAAAGCUGUGAAGGCCGCAGCAAGGCCGUCAUGCUGCAGGAGUUAAGUGCUUUGCGACAGAGUGCCAGGAAGGACAUCGCGGCAAUGUUGUGCAUGGUGCCUGAGGGCGCUGCUGGCUCAGUCAUCCAAGUGCCCCACCCGAAGGUAAAAGGCAUCUCGGAGUUGCACCGGCCCCGCCUGCACCAGCUGGAGGAGCAUGGGCAUCUUGUGGCUUGGGAUACCGCCGAAAGCAGCUUUGGGUCAGGCUACAGGGAAUUCUGCGCGGACCUCGAGAAGCAUCCGUUGGCACGCGAAGCGCAGUCGGUCCCUCUGCUGCCGCCGAUCUCCGAGACCGAGACCUGUUCGCCUGUGUCAGCAGCUGGAGGCGGGCCGGUGGAGAUUUUGGUGUCCGUUCCUCGCGCACCGGAGGCAAGAUGGGACUUGUUUUCCGACUCCAGGGCUGCAGUGCACGACAGCCGCUUACUUACACAAGCUCUGCUGCUGCAGAGAGAGACAGAAUGCGGCUGGGUCCGGAAUGCGAUCAGCUCGACGGGUCCGGUGAAGAGGCUCUUGGCCGAAGGUGACGGCUUGGAAGACCUCGGCGAAUCUCGGUUCGAGCUCUUUUGGUUCAAAAUUUGGACGGAUGCUGGAAUUGUGCUACUCCUGGCUGAAGAAACAGUGGCCGACAUUGCCACCGACGUGGGCGAAACUCGGCAGGAAGAUACCUGCCUCUCCACCUGCACGGGUCAGCAGUUCCAGGCAGUGUCUAUAACGUUGCAUCGAAUGUUCAUUAACGGCAAGAAGGAGAAGUACGAGGUGAACUUCAAGAACAUGACCCAGGAGAAUCUGGUAAGUGGAGGAUCCCGGGAGAUCCGGGCCCCAUACCGCAUGGAGGCGCCAAGUGGUCCGAUCCGCGAUGCCAACGACAAACCCAUGGAGCCCGGUCCGACCAUCUGCAUUAAGGUGCCGGAGGGCGCUGCUGGCACCAUCAUCCAAGUACCCCACCCUAAGGCCAAAGGUCAGUUCUUCGAGGUGAAGGUUCCUGCAGGAGCACGCGCCGGCCAGCCGAUGCUGGUUCCCGUGCCCUCCUGGGAGGGUCGUAUGGAUCCUGUUCGGGAGCAGUUCCGCAAGUGGGACAAGGAUGGCAAAGGUUUCAUUAGCUUCGCCGAGUUGGCCGAGCUGAUCGUUCAAUUGAACCCGGCACUGACGAAAGCGGAGAUCAACGACCUCAUCAUGUCUACGGACAAGAACUCUGACUACCAGAUUUCCUACGACGAGUUCGCAUCAUUUCUGGAGGGAAGUCCAGGAAAGAAGCCCGCCCCUGCCCCUGCCGGAGGAGGCACCGACCCAGCUCCCGCGGACCCGGCGGCACCGGCGGACCCGGGAGCAGACCCCGCGGCGAAGCCGAAGGGCUGGAGCACUGGAGCCAAGGUGGCUGCUGGCGUUGGAGGUGUGGCAGCCGUGGCGGGCGUCGCAGGGCUUUGCGUCGCUGGUGCGCUGUUGGCUGACGGAGAUGGCCUCGAGGGCCUGGGUGAUGCUGUAGGAGACAUCGCCACGGACGCUGGCGAGUGGAUCGGUGGUGCUGCUGAGGACGUGGGGGACUUUGUCAUGGACCUGUUCUGA